GGUUGGUUCGCAUCCGAGACACACAGCAGAUGUCCAAAUUCACAGUGGACUAUGAGUUUGCAGCAUGACGAGUGUAAGCAGACGAAAGAAAGCGGUGCGUGUGUGUUAGGUCACACCUUUCUCUCAAUCCGGCAACCCUUUUUCCUUCAUGAGGACAGAGAGAUGACCAUGCGAGGCCACUGGUCCUCCAACACCCUGGCCAUCAUCUUCCUCCUGCUCUCAACUGCAGCUCUUUCAGCACACUUCAGAGUUUGCGAACCCUACUCGGACCACAAAGGGCGGUAUCACUUCGGCUUCCACUGCCCUCGCCUCUCUGACAACAAGACCUACAUGUUCUGCUGUCACCACAACAACACAGCCUUUAAGUACUGCUGCAACGAGACGGAGUUCCAGGGCAUCAUGCAGCUUAACCUCACAACCCCCUCUGACGGUUUUGCUCACAAUAAUUACACCGCUCUGAUCGGCGUGUGGGUUUACGGUUUCUUCGUCAUGGUUCUGCUGGCUUUGGACUUCUUAUACUAUUCAGCCAUGAACUAUGAGGUGUGUCGUGUCUAUCUGGAGAAGUGGGGAUUGGGCGGUCGAUGGCUGAAACAUGCCAGGAACCAGUGGCACAGUGUCGCCGUAGCGCAGGAGGGAGAGCCGAGCUCAGGGACGAGUCUGAGUCACGGCCCUCACCAACAACAUCAUCCCAGACAGAGUUUAAGAGAAGAGGUGGAGAGUCCUACCCCCUUGACCUUCCAGACCUCCACAGCAUGAUACUUGAAGCUUGACGAAUUAGGAUGUACUUUGAGCAGCCGAAGCCAAGGAGAAGUAGCUACAGAAAGUUCACAAACUUUUCACCGGGUGACUUGCUCUGGAUUUAUAUUGUGAUGUGGAUUUUUUUUUUUUUUUUUGUUCAGUAAGGGAAACCUACUUAACCUAGUCGUCGGACCACCUGAUCCCUAUCUGCGCUACAGGAGAAGUGCUACGUACCUCCAACCCUUCAGCUGCUAAGCAUCCUGUUGUAAAUCGCUGCCCGGGUUAAAGGGAUAUGUAUGUUCUCUUAUGAUACUCACAACAAAAGGUGACAUGGAUGUCGAGACUGCAGUAAACACAAGACUAACUCUAGAUACUGAAUGUUCCUUUAUACUUUUUUUUUAUUAUUAUUAUUUAUUCAACGAUUGUACUGGUUCCUGCAGUGUUUUUGACAUUCAAGGAAUUUGGCUAGAAAUGUGAAAUCCGAGACUUAACCAGACAAAACCAAAAAGAAGCAUUUUAAGAUUCUUUGAGAUGGGUUUGAAAACUAUCGUACCACAGUUCGUAUCCACACAUCAACAUCACUCCUUGACAACGCUUCGUGUACUCUUGCAAUACAGCGAAGUACUUCUGAACUACUGAAGUUGAGAAUGUCAGAUAAAGCAAUAUGUCGCGCUAGAAAAAUCACGAAGACCUACAGUGGAUGUCAUGUGUCUGAUUGUUUCUAAUGAAUUACUUGAUUAUGUGGAUAUAUUGCCUCAGAGCUUUUUUUUUUGUCGUUCUUUAGGCUAGCUUUAGGGUGCAUUUACAUUGUCGCGAAAUGAGACCGUUGCUCUUAAAAGUUAAUCUAGGGUCUUCUUCUGCGCUUUAUUAUUAUUUUUAUAACACAUAUCCAUAGACGUGAGUACAGAAUGAAGAUCAGAAGUACUAAGAGAAGUGAUUAGGAAUACCUCUUGCCUCUCAUUAACGCUAAGCUUUUAACCCGACAUGACAUGAAACAAACUCUUGCUUUAGCAGCAAUGUGAAUGCACCGUCGCUAGAAAUCCUGCCGGUAGCUUUAUUUCCCAUGUGGAAAACAUGCACUGACUUGAGGUGAGUUAAUAGGAAUAGUCAAUGAGUAGUUAGUCGACUUGCAAUAAAGCACAGUAUUGUGUUGCAUUACGUUGUGAUAGAAAGAGCCUGUUUUGUGAUAUCGUUAUCGGUGUUUUAGGUGACUCUAAAAUAUCCUCCUAACAGCCGGGAACAUACUCAGUGGAACAGUAAUGGAUACUGUUGAUGGUGGUAAGUUGCCUUACAGUAAAAACUACCGUACACCUAGCACCAAUUGCGUUGUAGUGGCACGUGUGCUUCACUCCAGGUGUCGUGACUCAGUGCACCUGUUCUUAAUGUGGGUUUUUACGACCGUAUAAAGUGUUUGGAUUCAGUUUUGUCGUUAUUGCACUUGUUAACUUUUUACUGUCACGAGCUGAAACGAAAUAAAGAUCUAUC